AUGAGUAGAUGGUCCGUUCUGAGCAAGCAGCUUCCAGCCGCAGAUCAGAUCAAGGCGCUUCAUGUCUACGACUUCGAUAACACACUUUUCAAGACGCCCCUACCCAAUGCGAAGCUAUGGAACGGUCCGACGAUAGGAACCCUAGCCAAUCCACAAUACUUUGUCAACGGCGGCUGGUGGCACGACUCGCGGAUCCUCGCUGCGACCGGUGAAGGAAUAGCAAAGGAGGAGCCUCGCGCCUGGGACGGCUGGUGGAACGAGAAGAUCGCCGAGCUGGUACGGCUGAGCACAAGGCAGAAGGAUGCGCUAUGCGUGCUGCUCACGGGCCGCUCCGAGCACGGGUUCGGCGAGCUGAUCAAGCGUAUGGUCGCGGCCAAGGGACUGGAAUUCGACAUGGUCUCGCUCAAACCUGCCGUCGGACCGAACAAUGAGCGUUUCGAGAGUACCAUGAACUUCAAGCAGAUAUAUCUGAGGAAUCUGAUGGAGACGUACAAGUACGCAGAGGAGAUUCGAAUUUACGAGGACAGACCGAAGCACGUGAAGGGCUUCCGUGACUUCUUGACCGAAUACAACAAGAAGCAAAAUGGCAUCGGAGGGACGCCAACGCGCGGGCCUAUUCUGGCUGAGGUCGUGCAGGUUGCCGAUGUGGCGACAAAUCUUGACCCCGUGGUCGAAGUGGCCGAAGUACAACAUCUCAUCAACCUGCACAAUGAAGCUGUAUCGAAGAGGGUGGCUGGAGCUCGCGGCGAGCGCCUCAUGAUCAAGAAGACUGUGUUUUACACUGGCUAUCUGAUCGAUCAGGCUGAUACGAAGCGCCUUCUCAGCCUGGCGCAGUUCCCACCGGGCAUGCCCGAGGUCGAUCUCAAAUUUCAUGCUAACAACAUCAUGAUUUGCCCCCGGCCUUGCCCGAAUAGUAUUCUGGAGAAGGUCGGCGGCAUGGGGAGCAAGAUGAAGUGGGAAGUUACCGGCACGGCUUGUUUCGAGAACAGCAUUUGGGCUGCGUGUCUCCGACCAGUACCAGCGACAGCAAAGUUUCAUACGGACAAUCCAAGUCCUCUUGUUGUUCUGGCACUCAGAAAAGGCGCACGACCGAUUGAUGCUGGCAGGAUCCAGAAUUGGCAGCCCAUUUCUCCGGACAAGGCUCAUGUUUUUGAGACGACGGUUGGUGAGAAGGUACUCCUGCGCAUUGAGCCAGAGGACCCAAGCGAGAAUGAGUAUGAGAGCCUGUUUCCCAAUAAGGCGUCUAAGCGCAAGCAUACUGGUGACGAAGAGCCUUAUCCGAAGCACGGGGGAUCUUAUGGCAAUAAGGAGAAUUUCCAUCAUUCAGGUCGCGGUGGACGCGGAGGAAACCAGGGGCGAGGCGGACGUGGCACACCGAACAGAGGAUACCGCAGUGGUGCACGAGGUGGGAACAAAAGUGGCCGGGGCGGCAGAGGAGGUGGACAUCACUACAAAUCUCUUGAUGAUGUCGGCACGCGAGACAACCAGAGCGGAUUCGGGCCAUCUACCGUGACGUACGAUGAUAGUCCACAACAGUCCGCCUACGCUCAGUAUCAGCAGAUGCACCAGCAACAGGCAUACUCGUACCAGCCUCAGUCGAAUGGCCCUCAACCGCAACAGAGCCGACCAGGUGGGAGUGGGAACCAACCCGGCGGGAUGGAGUUCUCGAACCUAUACUAA